AUUAGGCCCAUAUAUAAGGCCCAUACAUAUUUGAGGACCACAAAUAACUAGGGUUUACAAAUUUGGUUAUCCCUCUCUCGCGCCGCACUUGUCUCGUCUUCUUGAUCUAAUCGCUUUGAGCUGUGAGCAGAGAGCAGUCGACGAGAAUGGGUCACUCCAACGUCUGGAAUUCUCAUCCUAAGAAAUACGGUCCUGGUUCUCGCUUAUGCCGUGUGUGUGGAAACUCCCAUGGGCUAAUCAGGAAGUAUGGUCUCAAUUGCUGCAGACAGUGUUUCCGUAGCAACGCCAAGGAAAUCGGUUUCAUUAAGUACCGUUGAUGAUCGAUGUUUACACAGGAGCAUCGUGUCUUUUGGGUUUUUAAACUUUAUGCGUUGAACUUUGUAAUCGAUUUAUCGACAUUGAACUAAUUUGAUAAUGUUUUUGAGCUGUUGAAUCUAUGCGUUACUUUGGUCUACUAUUGCUUAUAAA